AUGUCGCUUCGUUCGUCGCGAUCGAAGAAAUUUCCAUCCAAGAAAAACAUCAUCGACGAACAUGUCCAACUCUUGGCGAAGAUGGAAGAAGCUGUUAGCACAGGAGAACGAUUACGAGCCGAUAUUGACUUGCAAAACGACUCCUUGGCCGAGCUGGAGGAAAAGAACGCCCUGCUACAAGCGAAAGAAACGGAUUUUCAAGAUACGUUUCAUUUCUUUGAGUUACUUUUGCCUUGCGAAGUUCUCCAAAACUUACAGAAUUACAAACCAGAAGACAAUGACGACUUGGACGAACAUUUCUAUUCGACAAUAAAACAUCUCCUCGAAGAAAAAACAGCCCAACCAGUUCAAGAAACAAAAUCUGAAGGAAAUGCUGGUUGCGAGAAAGAAAAACGUUGUUGA